AUUCUCAGUCAAUGACGCGCCAGAGAGAAACCCCUCAAGGUGAAUAAGUUGACGACCGUCUGAGUACCUGUGAGAGCCGGUUCUCAGCUCCUCCCCUCGGAGCGUCACUCUACAGCUCUGCCCUUAAUAGUAAAGCCACCCCGCCGUCUUUCAGUUCCAGCGGAGCCGCCGGUUAUUACGGCCAUCGACACGGUCAUCAGUGCGCAGGGAUUUUACAAGCUUCCAAUAGCACAAAUGGCAAAGAAGGCCACUUCGCUUUUAGUCCGGGCUCUGGAGAUGUCAGAAAGACACUCGUGUGAUGCCAUGAGGAGAAACUCCAACUGCACCGUCAGACAUUUGAGCUCAUGCGGUAUAUUAGCUACGAGGCGGGUAAGCUUACCUUCCCCAUCCGCAUCUUCUCAGAUGGUGCCCACCCGGAGCUUCAUUAACUUGUCAGCCCCUCUCAUAACACGGAGAAUGGAGUACUCGGAGAGCCGGAGCAUUGGCUACUCGCCAGAGCAGAUGUACAACAUUGUUGCCAAUGUGGACCAGUACCAGCAGUUUGUGCCUUGGUGCAAGAAGUCAAAGGUAACAAGGGGGCGGAACGGGGACAUGAAAGCUCAACUUGAAAUCGGCUUCCCCCCGAUCAUUGAACGCUACACCUCCGAGGUCACAGUCAUCCCGAACCACCAAGUCCGGGCGGUGUGUACAGACGGGACGCUCUUUAAUCACCUUGAGACGCUGUGGCGAUUUACUCCUGGAGCCGCAGGCCAAACCCAAUCCUGCAACGUAGAGUUCUUUGUGUCCUUUGAAUUCAAAUCUCUGCUCCACUCUCAAUUAGCGACAGUGUUUUUUGAUGAGGUGGUCAAACAGAUGGUCAAUGCUUUCGAAAAGCAAGCAACCAAACUUUACGGCACCGGCAUUCAUCGACAGACGGCUUCACUUAGAAGAGCAACUUGAGGACCUUGUUAAAACGGACACAAGGAGAUACACAACCACAUACAAUCAUUAAAAUGUUCUGGAGAAGAACAGAUCCUCUUUUUUAAUCCAGUUUGUUGGAUUUUGGACUGGUAACGCCAACACAUAUUUUUGCUGGAAAAAAAAAAAAACACAUUUGAAAAGCCUAUUUAUUUUAACCAAGAGAUAUAAUUUAUUGUGAUGAGUGCGUGCGUGUAUAAUUUAUAUAUUAUGCGUGGAGUGAAAGACGAAGAUGAUUGCAGUAAACGUUGUUGAGGAUGGAUGCUUUUUCAUAUUUAUGAUCAUUAUAUUCACAAGGUCGACCAAAGGGAAACAAAAUUUAUUAAAUUAUUGAGUGCACUUUUUCCAGACUUGUAAUAAAUAAUAUAUUUUCAUAA